AUGCUUGUCAGACGUCGUUAUUCCGGUAACAUCACCGUCGUGGACGGUCCUCAUCCGAUCACGGUCAGUGAGUUGAUGCGACUGCACGACGACUUAAUUAGCGGUUUUCAGGUCCUGCUGGACAAAAUCCAAUGGCGUCAGAAAAACCACAGGGAUCCAAUUAAAACUACAUGUAUGAUGAUGACGGUUCAAAAUAUUUUGGAAUUGGUAUUCGAUGACUACGGCGGCUGGGCGUUUCUCCAGCUAGGGCAGGGCCACCGAUACUUCCUCCAGCAAAUGCAGCAACAGCAUCUAUUAACAAUACCGCAGCAUCAACAGGCUAUCGAGUAUCCCCAAAAAGUAGCGACGCCACCAAUGGGCCAGGCCCACAGUCAGGACAUCAUAGAGCGCCAAAAGGGAGCCAAGAUUGCCGAUCAACAGCAAGCAUCGUCGGAUCUAGACAAACACGAGAGGUUUUUGGACAGGUUCAACGCGGAAAAUGAGCAUAACGAGAAAAUGAAGAACAGGUAUGCCGACGAGUUGGCACUCAAGGCAAGGGUGAAGCUAGAAGCUGAGAAGAACAAAGCCAUUGAAAUGGAGAAAGAGAGCGCUCGCAAGCUCGAAGAGGCACGACAAAGACUUGAGAAGACAAGAAUCGAAAACGAGAGAAAGGAAGAUAUGCUAAUGCGCACGGAUGAAGCAGUGAGCAGGGCAGACGAACUACAGCAUCAGGCGCGUGAGAUGAUGCAGAGAGCAGAGCAGGAGAAACGUGAUUCGGAAAGAAGAAUUGAAGAGAGGCGUCGGGAAGCAGCUGCAAAGAGGGCACAGGGCAGGCAACCAUCGUACAAUGGCUCCAAAAGUCGGACACAUGAGUGGGAAAUAAAAAGUUUCAGCUAUGAGAACAUCCAGAUGCGCCGGGGUUCCGCCGAUAGGACAUUCGAGAGAGGGUAUGAGGAGCGUGGGUUAAGCGAGGGGAAAGAUAAACAGGAGGGUCACUGGCAUUUUGAUGAAGAUGACAUGCCAGAUGACAACCACAGACAGCAAAAGCUACUAAAGAACACAGAAACCCAGGGGUCUGCUGCCACUCUACCAAACCACAUCAUCUCUGACAGCGAUGAUGAUUCCGAUAGCGACGAAGAAAAGAGGCAAGAUCCAUACAAGCUUAUGGGUCUACCCGACAGAGAGCGAACACCGGUAAAAGAUAUUGAAACCACUCAAAGGGUACUGAGCAGAAUCCAUCAAACUUCUGUUGACAAUUCUACCGAGGAAGCUACGAGGAAGCACGCAGAGAAACGUUUGGUCGAGAUAAAGUGGGCAGCGAACAUACUCUUGGACGACAUGAAUAAGAGAGCUUACGACGAGGACGGCUCCAUAUAUCCCCACGAACAACAAAGUUGGAAGAAGAAGAAUGGUUUCGGCGGUGGUAGUGGUGAUGCGUACGUAGUCCAUAUUCCGACUGGUGAUGACCUCUACUUCACAUUACCGUUCGACUUAAGCUCUCUGCAUCCCAUGCGCCCCCAAGAGCUAGAAGCCCUCCAUGACUUCUUGGAUACGAUACAAGAUGAGGUUGCAGAGAAUCUGGGUAACCAUACCCUCGAGAACGUUCUGCAAGCACAGUCGAUCAUAGUGCGCUGGCUCGAACACGCCAGGUGCCUUGGCGAUUUGGAGACGCAUGGCUGGGCAGCUGGUCUGGGCUUCCCAAUAUUCGAUGACUACCAAUAUCCAGUUGACUUCCAUUGGGACUGGGAUGCCAUCAAGUUCGAAGGGCUUACUUCCAAAUAUUUCGAACUGGUACAUCCUGCAAGCACCCGCUCCGUCUACCAUUCUAUAUACCGCACCCCCACUGAGCACGCCUCCGCCCCACCCAAUACUCCAGUGAAUCGUAGACUGUACAGAGGCGCAGACCCUGAAUAUAUGGAAUCUGAGUCUAAUAAAUCUUUCAGCACGCAUGUAGCAGCCUAUGCGAACAACAACGAGAUUUCGGGCUUCUGUGAUUACUUUCCAGACCUCAAUUUCGCCCCAUUCCAAGACCGAGUCUUUCAGUUUGAGAGUGACAGCCACCAUGGUACUCGCAGUAUUCGAGGACAGAAUGUGAAAGUUUACCCUGACCGGGUUUCGCGGACUUCAAGACUCGAUGCGGAGACUAUUGGAUCUACCAAGAUUCAGCAACGUACUCGUCAGCUCACGAUGGCGACCGAGAGAUAUUCUCCAAAGCCUCUGAAUGCAUGGGAAGAUCUCUAUCAGCGAGGGCUGAUAUGUCACGGUAUGGCUGCCGAGAACAGUUCCCUGGUGCCCUAUGCCGAUCUGUACUUGCUCAAAUUAUACAAAGCUAUGCGCGAACAUGGUUCGUCAGAAAGAGAUUCUCUGAAGCGAAUAAGCAACAUCGAUUCGACUGAUCUUAAGAGUUUCCUUGGGCGAUCUGUAUGGAGAGAUCAUUCGCGAUGGGUCGACGAAAAGUUCAAUCACACAUUCCCCAAUGAGCCUGGUUAUUGUAAUCCUCAGGCGACUCUCAAACAGACAGUGCCCUGUUGUCAUCCUGAGAAAUGUGCCGAAGAAUGCUUCGUCUCGUCAGAAGGUUGCAUGAAAAAAAUUCAGGAUUCUGGUCAAGGUCCAAAGCGCCAGGUUCGAUUUGUACAGCCACCAUCAGACCAGGAGAUUGACAAAUCUACGUUCCCAGGACACGCAACGCCAAAGUGUGUGCAUAACAUCCAGGAACCACUUGACUACCGUCAGUCGUCAAUGUUCCAUGAGUGCAACUCGUUGCUUCCUUCCGGUCGUGAAUGGGAGUCGAUGGCAGGAACUGAAGCUGCUAAGAAGCUCUCUGAGUCCAAGAGACAAGAGCGCAACCAAACACAUAGCGAUCAAGAACUCCAAAGUGCUUUCGAAGAAAUUUCAAUUGUAUCUGAGCCCAAGGAAGUCAAAGAAUGUGCCCUCCAGAGCACUGAGCAGCGGGCUCCCCAUUCUCGAGGCCAUGAGCAGAGGACUUCAUCCGCUCAGGAAACUACUGCGGAACUCAAAUACGACACACAAGAUAUGUUUCAUCAAGCCUCAGAUCAUCGAUGCACUGUCUGUGGACAUUCUAACGCUUCCCAGACCUUGCCAUUCCAAAAGCCAACUCGUGUAUUCAACUGGCCGAAGGCGACAGCAAGACCUUCGAGCUAUCAGGCAUAUGCUGAAGACAGUCCAGAGGACUCACCUGGCGCUGGAUCCGGCUCAUGGAGGGAUGUGUGGAUUGAGGAGACCGUGCCAAAUGAGCUGUUUGUUAGGAAGAGUGGGACUGUCAUGGGAUUUAAGGGUGUACGAGAAGAGACGCUGGAAAAUGUGGUAAGUGAGUUGAGAAAGAGGAAAGACAGGGGGGACUUGGAGAGCGAGGAAGGGUAUGUGGGAGGUUGGCAGGCCAUUGUUGGAGACGGGGAGGAGAUGGCUAAGGAAGUGACGGACGAGGAUGACAACGGUGGGUGCGACGAACUACACGUGAAACAGAAGAAGGCAAACAGACUGAGCCGGAACUCCGAUGCGCAGUUGGAAGAAGCUGCUGCUGCCGGGCGAAACGCUGCCGAGGAAGCGAAACUGAAGAAUGAAUAC